AUGUUCCUGCCCGGGGUUGACUACCUGUCGGCGCUGGCUGCGGCUCUUGCCUCGCUGCUCUCAGUUUUGCUCCUCCUCGCCGUCUCCAGACAGCUGUGGACCCUCGCCUGGAAUGUGACCAGAGACAGGGACAACAAGCUGCCGCUUCCCAAAGGCUCAAUGGGCUGGCCAUUACUUGGAGAGACGCUGCACUGGCUGGUACAGGGUGCCAACUUCCACGCUUCCAGGAGAGAAAAAUACGGAAAUGUCUUCAAAACACAUCUCCUGGGAAGGCCGGUGAUCCGAGUGACGGGUGCGGAGAACAUACGCAAGAUCCUGAUGGGAGAGCACAGCCUAGUGAGCGCACAGUGGCCGCACAGCACCAGGAUCCUCCUGGGUUCCAACACGCUAGCCAACUCCAGCGGGGAGCUACACCGCCAGAGGCGGAGGAUCCUGGCCCGGGUGUUCAGUCACGCCGCUCUGGACAAUUACAUCCCUGGCACCCAGCAAUUGGUCCGCUCCUGGGUGCAGCGCUGGUGCGAGGAGCGAGCUCCCGUCACCGUAUACCCGGCCACCAAAGCGCUGACAUUCUGCAUCGCCGUCCGGAUCCUGCUCGGUCUCCAGGCUGCCGAUCACCAGCUCGACCAUCUCUCCAGCAUAUUCGAACAGCUAAUGGACAACAUUUUCUCACUGCCUUUGGAUUUGCCCUUCAGCGGUCUGCGUAAGGGUAUUAAAGCAAGGAACGCAUUGCACGAGUAUCUGGAAAAAGCGAUCACUGAAAAACUACAACAAAGCAGCCCAGGUGCCUAUCCCGACGCUUUGGAUUUCAUGCUGAAAAGUGCGAGGGAGAACGGGAAGGAACCGAGCCUCCAGGAACUAAAGGAAUCUGCAGUUGAGUUGAUCUUCGCCGCCUUCUCCACUACGGCCAGCGCCUGCACAUCCUUGGUGCUGCUGCUGCUCCAGCACUCGCAUGUGCUGCAGAAAGCGAGGCAGGAACUGGAGCAACACGGCCUGAUCCCCAGUUGCCAGUGCAAGCCGGCAGAAAGUGAAUCGGAACGGUUCUGCGGCGACUGCGACUGUCGGCGCUCUCUGAGCUUGGAGGUCUUGGGGCGUCUGCGCUAUCUCGACUGUGUGGUGAAGGAGGUGCUGAGGUUGCUUCCCCCAGUGUCCGGGGGCUACAGGACAGCGCUGCAGACCUUUGAGCUGAAUGGAUGUCAGAUACCCAAGGGCUGGAAUAUCAUAUACAGCAUUCGCGACACACAAGAGACAGCCGCUGUCUACCUGAAUCCAGACAGAUUCGACCCUGAUCGGUUUGGACCCGAACGGGAUGAGAGCAAAGUGGGUAGAUUCAAUUACUUGCCCUUCGGAGGGGGCGUUCGUAGCUGCAUAGGGAAAGAGCUGGCUCAAGUUAUCCUUAAAACACUGGCAAUUGAACUGAUCGGCAGUGCGCAGUGGGAACUGGCCAGCGCCGCCUAUCCCAACAUGCAGACCGUGCCGGUUGUACACCCCGUCGAUGGGCUGAAGGUUCGAUUUCAUCGCUUGAAUGAUAAAAUAAACUGCAAGUACAUAAAAUAACAGGACAUCGCCGCCAGCGAAGACCGAUGCCCAAGGACUGUCACGUUAAGCCGGUCAAAUCUAUGCCGAACUUCUAUUUCUCCCUAAACGCCAUUCACUGCAAGGAAAAGUCGUUUGUCGAAAUGUGAAAAUGUUUCUGUCAGUAAUUCACGAAGAUUUCAAUGCGUUUGAACUCUAGCAGCCUCAAAUACACCAUAGCAAAACACAGUACUUAAUCUAUGCACUUAAACAUUAAUAUAUUAGAUUUCUGAACAUACAGCCACGAACUAAAGACUGGAACCCCAAUUUGUCGUCGGGCAACUACUGACGGGUUGACCAGCGACUCUCUUCACAUUAAAAUGUGGUCCUUCGGCGGGGUUUUACUGCGGGAGAGGAUGGUAUUUCAUUCACGAGCUUUGUCGGUUUACUAUUUGGUUUUCCCUUUUCUUAGAAUAUUAGUUUAAUUCCCCAAUCCGCAGAAAAUGGGCUAAAGGGAUCAAUGUAUGUCGUAAACAGAACAAAAUGUGAGCUGCCUUUGUUUGAAUGGGCUGUCGAUUUGGAAAGUUGAAAACCCUUUUGUCUAGCAUCACCUCUUUUCAUCUUCGUCUCAUUCCCCACGUCCAUCCUCGCUGCCUUCCACAGUCUGGAAUGAAGAGGGAUUGACAGAGGGUGGUGAAGGUGGGCUGAUGAUUGUGAAUUGAGUGUGGGAUGGGGUGUGGGGAGUGUGGACUAAGGAUUGUGAAUGGGAAUUCGGGUGAAAAAGAGAGGUUGCGGAUGGAAGAAUGGGAAGUGGGGUAAUAAC